AUGACGAGUAGCUAUGUGCCGGGAUAUGCCAAGCUAAACAAAAGGGGAGGCGCGGGAGGCUGGUCUCCCUCCGACAGCGACCACUACCAGUGGCUCCAGGUGGACUUUGGGAGCAGGAAGCAGCUCAGCGCCGUGGCCACGCAGGGCAGGUACAGCAGUUCGGACUGGGUCAGCCAGUAUCGGAUGCUCUACAGCGAUACGGGCAGGAACUGGAAGCCCUACCACCAGGACGGAAACAUUUGGGCAUUUCCUGGAAACACGAACUCUGAUAGCGUGGUCCGGCAUGAUCUGCAGCACCCCGUUAUCGCCCGCUACGUGCGCAUAGUUCCCUUGGACUGGAAUGGAGAGGGCCAAAUCGGGCUGAGGAUUGAGGUCUACGGCUGCGCUUACUGGGCUGAUGUUAUCAAUUUUGAUGGCCAUGUAGUGUUACCGUACAGAUUCAGGAACAAGAAAAUGAAAACACUGAAAGAUGUCAUCUCUCUGAAAUUUAAAACCUCUGAAAGUGAAGGUGUAAUCUUCCACGGAGAAGGACAGCAAGGAGACUAUAUCACCUUGGAACUUAAAAAAGCCAAACUUGUUCUUAAUUUAAAUUUAGGUAGCAACCAGCUUGGCUCUAUUUAUGGCCACACAUCUGUGAUGACAGGCAGCCUCUUAGACGAUCACCACUGGCACUCCAUCAUCAUCGAGCGCCAUGGCAGAAAUAUCAAUCUCACCUUGGACAGGCACAUGCAGCAUUUCAGAACCAAUGGAGAGUUUGAUUACCUGGACCUUGAUUAUGAGAUAACCUUUGGAGGUAUGCCUUUUUCUGGGAAGCCGAGUUCUAACAGUAGGAAAAAUUUCAAAGGCUGUAUGGAGAGCAUCAACUACAAUGGUAAUAAUAUCACUGACCUUGCCAAGAGGAAGAAAUUGGAACCUUCUAAUGUGGGAAAUUUAAGUUUUUCUUGUGUGGAGCCACAUACAGUGCCCGUCUUUUUCAACGCCACCAGUUUCCUUGAGGUUCCUGGUCGUCCAAGCCAAGACCUGUUCGCAGUCAGUUUCCUGUUCCGAACCUGGAACCCAAAUGGGCUUCUUGUCUUCAGCAACUUCGCAGAUGGCCUGGGGAAUGUUGAGAUUGACAUAAAUGAGGGCAAAGUCAGCGUCCAUAUCAAUGUCACCCAAGUCAAGAAGAACCGAAUAGACAUCUCAUCAG